AUGUCGACUCAAAUAACCACUCCUCCUACCCCUAAGGGCUCUCGGAACAAUCGUCGCAAUCAAAAACGAAAUGGUACUACUCCUUCUGCACAGAAUGCUUCGGUUCUCGCAACCCCGCCAUCUUCGCCUCCAAGGGCCGUAAGUCCUAGAGGGGCCACGACUGACUCAUCCAACAAUGUCACCUUAUCCAAGAAGAAGACCAAUCGAUCUGCCAGGAAGCCUCGAGACAUACCCAAGACCUCUCCUGUCAAUAAUAAUAAAGGUCACCGCCAUACCUCUUCACACCCCAACAAUAACAUCACCACCCCUCAGUUAAAGGACAGUCCUCACUAUGCCGGUCCGACCUUCCACGCAUCGCCUGCUCCCUCAGCACUGCCGAUUCCAAGCUUCUUUUCCAAAUCUCUCCCGGAAACUGACCUUGCACCUGCCCUGGAGCCGGAUAGCGAUGGCUUCGAUGCGGAGCCAGAUAUGGAGGGUACCCCUUCGAAGCCCAAGGCGCGCCCAAUAAUUCCUCCCGAAAACCCGCAGUCAACACCCCUUGACUUCCUCUUCAAGGCUGCGGUUGAGGCUAGGAAAAGUCAACCCCAACAAAGCCCGGAGCCGAGCCCCAGAGUCAGAUCGCCGCAGACCGAUUCAAAAGCUCUUCAACAACGCAGGUUUAACCAUGCCGCAGCCGGGAUGUUUCCCCUUGAAAUGGAAAGCCCAACCCCCCGUCAUCCACAGAUCGGGCCUUCAUUCGCUCCGUCCUACAAAGAUCGCAUGAAUGCUCUCCGGUCUGCGAGCUCGCCUUCUCCGGUCCUUAAGGACCUCGGUGAGGACGAACGACGAGCGAAAACAGAAGCGUUGAAGAAUCUAUUACUUAAUCCUCGGCCCCAGCGGCCAUCUUCUGCCUCUCAUGUUGCCCAUAAUCAAGUUAACGGUCACCAUGACCGGCCUGGCCCAAAUCCAAUGGUCCCUCAUUUCGCGACUCCUCUAAGGACAAGCUCGGGGCCCCCAACCGCUGGCUCCUAUCAUUUGCCUUUUGAUCAGCAGGCCCCUUCUACCAGAGCUGAGGCGCACUCACAAUCCUCUCAUAUGCACCCGAAUUCUCCACAGCACUUUAAAUCGCAAAGCUCUGCCCUGCGAAGGGAGGUUCUUUCGUCAAAUCCCGGCAAUGCCCCAAAUACGCCAAAGCAAGCGUACCAUUCACCUUUCAUGACAUAUGAUUACGCCAAGUUCUCUGGUCAGCAAAAUUCAACUUACUACGCCCAAGGUUCAUCGAAGUCCCCUGUGUCACGAUCAUCGUCAUCCAGCGCCAACUCUCAGGCUCUUGAUACUAAGAAGAUGGAGGACGAUCUACGCCGAAUCCUAAAACUCGAUGUGACUCCAGGAAUCCCACCUAGUGGUAUGCAAAGCUCACUUGCAUGA